GGCGUUGCCAUGGAGGAGCUUAGCGCGGCGCUGGCGGCUGGCGUGGCCCUGUCCGGGCCCAACAGCCCGGCGGCCCCGCACCCUCGCCUCGCCGCCUACAAGGCCCGCGGAGGCCCGGGGCAGGCCGAGCGCCGCCAGCGCCUUCUCUGCCUACAGAAAGAGAGGCGGCUGGACUACGUGAACCAUGCGAGGAGGCUGGCAGAGGACGACUGGGCAGGGAUGGAGAGCGAGGGGAAGGAGGAGGAGGACGAGGAGAUGGACGUGGAUGCUGGCAAGAAGUUGCCCAAGCGCUACGCCAAUCAGUUGAUGCUGUCAGAGUGGCUGGUUGAUGUCCCCCUGGACCUGGAGCAGGAGUGGGUUGUAGUGGUGUGUCCCGUUGGGAAAAGGGCACUGGUUGUGGCUUCCAGGGGCACCACAGCAGCUUACACCAAGAGUGGCUUCUGUGUCAACAAGUUCCCAUCCCUGCUGCCAGGGGGGAACCGGCACAGUUCAGCGAGUGAGAAAGUGUACUGCAUCUUGGACUGCAUCUACAGCGAGGCCAAGCAGACCUACUACAUCCUGGAUGUGAUGUGCUGGAGAGGACACCCUGUUUAUGACUGCCAGACCGACUUCAGAUUCUUCUGGCUCCUCUCAAAGAUCCAAGAGGAGGAAGGGCUGGGAGAGAAAAGCAGGAUUAAUCCAUUCAAAUUUGUGGGCCUGCAGAACUUCUCCUGCUCAUCAGACAGUCUGUGUAAGGUGCUGGCUAUGGACUUCCCCUUUGAGGUGGAUGGGCUCCUCUUCUACCACAAGCAAACCCACUACACCCCUGGCAGCACCCCACUGGUGGGCUGGCUCCGGCCUUACAUGGUGCCUGACAUCCUGGGGCUGGCCGUGCCUGCCACGGCGCUCACGGCCAAGCCGGACUACGCUGGGCGUCAGCUCCAGCAGAUCAUUGAGAGCAAGAAGAGUAAAAAGCUGGCAGCAGGGGAGGGUGACCCCAGCAGCACGGCAGCCGCCAGCAACGGACAUUACGAGCUGGAGCAUUUGUCCACCCCUCAGCCAGCAAACUCUCAGGAGGGCCAGGGUGAAGCAGUGAGCCAGAUGGAGAACUAGGCUGCUGGGACAGCCUGGUUGGGUAAGGAGAAAGCAGAGAGGUUCCCUGCUUCUCCCUGUCAGUCGUGCUCCCUGAGAAGGGGGGGGCAAAGGUCAUAAUAGGAUGAUUUUGUUGAAAGGGCAGGAAAGUGGAGUGUCUCGCUCCAAGGGCUGCUGAGUUGUUGUUAUUUUAAUUAUUUUAUUUUUUUGCCAAGGUUUCUGUGAGGCCUUAACAGGCUCAUCUGGUUCUUUGCUAAGGCGGCCCUGCGUUGGGAAGCGAAACGAGCUCUCCCCACACCGCAGGGUUCCUGCUUCAGCUCCUUGCCCCCGCUUCUGUGAAAGCCUCUGGCAAACCUCCAGCAUAGGAACAGUGCUCAGACCUCCAAGGUGCAGCAGCUGCUCAGAACCCCAGCAGCAGCCCCACCUCCCCGGCCCUGAAAACUGGGGCAUUUCACCCUUCUUUGAUCCAGCUGUUUACCAUGGCUUUCCCAAUAAAAGGGUUUGGCUGGGAUUUUUUUUUUUUGCUGUGUGGUCAGUCCACUUCUAGUAAAACAAAAAGUUUGCAGCAGGCUCCUGUAAAUCCAGAGGCUGAGCUUUUCACACCCACACGGUCGCUGAGCAAACCCAAAUUCCCUCGCACGGCACAGCAGGGCCUGCCUGCAAGCACAGCUUUGUGCAGCAAGCAGCCUCUUACUCGAGGCUUUUCUCAGUAGGGGGAGGAAGGAAUGGUUUCGCUCUGAAGGGAAAAAAAAAACCCCAGCAUUGAUUGUGCCAAAUAAAAGGUUUCUCAGAAAGACAAAUUCUUGAGCGUCUUCCUGCUACCUAAGGCUGGAUGCGUGCUGUGCCUCCCAAACAGGGGCCGAGACAUGGCUCGCAGCGCUCACUGGAGUGGAGGAAAUGCUUCUGCGGGUUGGAUUCUCCUCCAGGCCGAGGUGCUUCACUGCCUCCCUGCUGCUGCCCUUCUCAUCCCGGGCUUUCUGAGCACCCGUUGCUGCCUUUCCCUGGCUUUAGCGUAGGGGGCGAAGCCAAAGCACGGUGGGGGUGAAACCGUGGUACUCACCGGCCCCAGGUUGCUUUGCAGAGGGAAGUUAAAAGGCCGGGGCGGGACUCUCUCGGGAGGGAUGAAAUAUCAGGCUAACCCCGCCGCUGGGGAGUCUCCUCCUGGCCCUCUGUGAAGUGCCCCCAGUGAGGGCCCCUCUUCAGGAGGGGGUGGCUGCCUGCAGAUAGCGGGGGCACUUGUAUCCUGCCCUCACACCCCCCGUUUUUCCCAGAAAAGCCCUUGUGUCUGUGCCAGCCCUGCGGGCUGCUUGUGCUCGCCUGACUGCAGCCGCUAUUGAUUAUACCAGCGG